AAUCUUUCAAGCGUUUUCAUGACGAGAAUUUGUUUAGAUAAAGAUGGCGCUGAAUUUGUUUUUCUCUUCAGUAAUUAUUUUACUUUACGUGUUUAUAACAAGGACAAGUUCCCGCAUCAUUGGCUGUAACAGGGAAGAGUGUUUUGAAUUUGACAAAGAUAACACAGAAGACUAUGUGUGGAAUACGAACGAUUCCGAAUUUGUGGGUGAUGGAAACUAUUGGAAGAUAUACUGUUAUAAAGGUGGUCUUCAAUCAGUCAUUUCCUUGUGGGUCAAUCCUGUGAUGAAAAUCAAGUUCAACAGUACCCACCCACCAAGCCUCUUUAAGACAUUGAGGGGAGGAACCGUGGAAGAGGUCAAGGGUCAACAGGGCUCUUAUCAUCCCUUGUACGAUAUGUUGCAAACGUUGAGACUGGUUGUUCAGAGAGAUGUAGAAGAAGUGAAGUUUGCUCCUUUUAACCAGAGCUGUAUUGGGGUGGAAUCAAACGUAGCAUUUAAGACUGACUUUUUAGUCAAAAACUUGGAGCCAUGGCUUCUGACAUCACUGGGGUUUGGCAUCAUCCUCUUUCUAUCUGCUGGAAAUUGGAGUCGCAAUGUCAAGCUCCACUACGGAUUUGGCAUGGGAGUUGGAGUGAUUGCGUCCAUUCUAGUCGUGGCUUUUGUGAUGAAUAGAUUUUUUCCGCAGAGCCUUAAGAAAGUUGGCUAUAUACUAAUGGCGAUAGGGCUCUCCCUAUACUCAUCUUUUUGUACAUACAUUGUACGAAAUGUAUUGGAUUCCUCAUCCAGCAUCUUCAUGGAUUAUUGGCAGUGGAUUGUGGGAUACAUUUGUGUCUCGGCCCUUAUCAGCUUUGCUGUCUGCUAUCGUUAUGGUCCAGUGACAGAACCCAGAACUCUAUAUCUGAUAAAGUGGGGGUUACAGCUGAUCGCACUGGGAUUUAUCUACAAUGGGACACAGAUUCGUGAGGCAUCAGUGGCCAUCAUUGUGACCCUGAUUACUUUGUACAAUCUUCCUGCUGAAUUAUUUAACAAUAGGCUGACUAGAUUUAUUAGGUACAAGAUUUUCAAGCCAAAGAUCAAGUUACUUACAGAAGAAGAAUACCAAGAGCAGGGCCAUGAGGAGACUAAGAAAGCCCUCGAGGAGUUGAGGAGCUUCUGUCAGAGUCCAGAAUGUAAUGCAUGGAAAACCAUAAGUCGGCUCAAAAUUCCUGGCAGAUUUGCAGACUUUGUGGAGGGUAAAUCGUGGCACGUGACAGACGAUGAAUUGUUGGAGUAUGACAUUGGACCUGAUGUGACUCCUGUGAUGGAUGAAGACAGUGAUCAAGAGACACCGAAUGUAAGGAACAUACAAAACAAUGAGAGCAUGGAAUACUUACAAAACAACACAGGAUACGUACAGAACAAUCCCCCAGACUCAUCACAGGGAGAUGGUCCGGAGAUCAGCUCAGAGGAGGAAGACGAGAGUCAGGGCGAGACUUCAGACCGGAGUAUCGACGGUCCUCCAUUGUCAUGAUACGGUGGAUAGUUGUGUCACACCUGUAGUUUAAGUGAAGAACCCUUACAUGAAAUACUCAUGGAUGGCCCGGUGUUUGGGAACUGCAAAGGUACACCCUAGCUACAUUGUAUGUGUGUAACGCAGGGUUGUGUGAAGCUGUGGACAGUGAAAUAUGUCCAUAGGGUUUUAUUUGGCAGUGUACUGUUAUAUCUCAUGACAAAAAAAUGAAUGGAGGUGACCACCUUUAUCAUCGAUUAAGUGUGUAUGAGAAAGAGAUUUAUUGGUUUUAUAAACAUAUAUUGAAUGCAUCUGUUUUGAAGCAAAAUGGGAACGUUAUUAAAAUAUUAAUCAUCAUUGUGUCUGUAGUAUAAGGGGAAAGCCAUUUGUUUUUCUGUCCAUUUGAACCUAUGAUCAAGAAGAAGUUCAUGUCUGUGAAUUCUUGACUUAAAAAAAAAAGAAUAAAAAUCAUCAGUUCACGCUUACAUAUCAAUUACCAUUCGCUACAAUUAUAAAACAAAGAGGGAGGGUUGUCAUGCAGUUGAUAAAUCAAACUUUGCAUGUAAAAAUAAUGAGAAAACUACAUGUAUGUUGUUAAAUAAAGUUGGAGGGAAGGGGGGUUAGGGGGAUGCUACAUUCCUGUCUUAAAUUAGAAUUUACAUGUACAUAUCAAUAUCCUUAUACAGUAUUCACAUAUUGUAUCACAAGUUUUGUUUACUUUACCAACAGCUUUCUAUAGAACGGGUUUCCGGAAUAUGCGAUAGAAUGUUUUCUGCCAUAGAAUGAAAGAUUCAGUGCUAUACUGCAAUAUCAGUUUAAAACUUAUAAACAUUGAAGUAAUUGGGUGAAGUUGGAAAUGGGUCCAUAGGUUGAAUUUCUCCCUUCAAGAUAUUUUUGUGAAACAAACUAUUACCCUAGUUAUAAUGGCUGAAAUAACCCUGUAGCCAAAUGAAAAUCUUGGUAAAUACAGGUCUCCCAAGAAUUGUUUUCCUCCCAGAAGUCCCAGUAUGUGUAAAUGCCAUUAUUCACAAAGCUAAGUUUUAUACAGAAUGGGAUUAAUUGAUUCAUCCAUUACAAAUCUUUUCUUUUUUUUCUUCUUUUUUUUUUGGUUGUCUUUUAAGUAUUUUUAUGAAUUAAAACUUGAUCUCAAAAAUUUUGUAUUAAAAAUAUUUUGAAAUUCUUGACAAAGGUAUUUAAUUGCUAUAUAUGACAGACACAAGUACUCUCCAAACACCAAAUUAACUGGAAUUGACAAUGGAAGUGUAGAAUAAAAAGCAAACAGGGUGCCUACCAACUUAGCCCACUGUUGUACCUGGAGGCACAAGAACUAGAGCUCACCACUUUUCCCGGGGUGGUCUGCCUUAAUUGUGCAAUCUCACAAACGAACAAACAUCAUAAUGUCUGGCUUCCUUUCGAAAAACAAAUGGGAAAAUAAAUAUCAGUAAAUAUAAACACUUUCCUUGUCCUUUUAAAUUUUACUGUCUUGUUGGAUAGGUUUAACACAUAAAGCAGUUGAUCUCUAGAUGAUGGAGUUUUUAGCUUUUUUCCAAACGACUGCCUACUAAAAUUGCAUUUUUGUCACUCAAUGAAGUGAAUUUCAAAGUUUUUUUUCCACUUUUCAUCUAUAACAAUUAUCUCCGUUGUGUUAAACAGUGUAUGUACAUUAUUACAUAUUUCUUGUAUGUCUCUAGACUUGCUCAUCUCAUAAAUGUAUAAAUUUUUAUAUGCCGUUUCUAAUGCUUUUUAAAAUAACUUAUUUCAUAAUUUUUGUAACAGUUGCGAUUUUUAUAAAUAAUUUCAUAUGUCAACUUUUUGUGUCAAUAUAAAGCAGUACAUAACACACAUCAUCUCUUCAUGUGAUUACAAACCUAAGUGUAUUGUACAUUGCCCAUAUUUAUGCAAAUCAAGAUUUUGUGAAUAAACAAGAUUGAAAUUUCUAA